AUGCCACCAAGAAAGAAGCCGUCUCCCAAAACGGCCCAAAGUCCCACGGCGGCGUCCACGGCUGCUAUCUUUCGCGAGGGUAACCCACCAGAAACUUCCACAACUGCUGUGGAACUGUCUACACUGAUGGCUAAUCUGACCGCUAAUCCGGCAGCUUUGACCGGUGAAAAAGACCUUGAAGACGACAUUGCUGGUCAAUCAGUGGUGUUUAGGGUGAUCUAUGGGGCUCAAGAUUUCUUGAAUGAUGAAUUGGACUUUGCCAAGUUUGUCCAGUUGGUAAUGUUGGCGUUUAUUUGCCAUGCUUUCUAUUUGUACAAUACCGAAUACGUCAAAGAAAAUAUGUAUAAAAUUGGUUUCAAUGCUAUUGGUGUUGGCAUGGCGUUCAUUUUCAGCUAUAGGAGCCGGCUGAGGCUCCACAAGAAGAAUCCUGCUCGUUUUCCGUUGCCCCAACUUCCAGGAUUCAACUUGAUCUAUGCGGUGUUCAUCCCCACUGCCAUCGCUGCUCUCUACAAGUCGGACGCUUUGCACCUCAACUUGUGCUUUAAUUACUUUGUGGUGGACUAUGUUCACCCUGUUAUUCGGUUGGGGUCGGCAAUAGCGUAUUUUGUCAUUUAUCGUGACGAAGAAGACAAUACACCAACCCAAGCAAUUGCAAUAAUAUUUGUGUUCCACGCUUGUAUUCAAUACCUGUUGAACUAUUUCAACAAAGGCAGCGAUAGAACAUCGGUGGACAUUCCUGAAGAAGUCCUUCAGCAAGAUGAUACCAAAGCAAUGGCCCAGGCGAAAGAGUCUAGCAGCCCUAUAGGCGCGGGAACAAACACAAGUUUAUGCCAGGCAGAGAUUCAAUUGUUUUCCGUUUUGCUCAGCAACGUCGUCCACUACACCGCCUUGAAUAAUCAGUACAAUCUUCCAGUGAUUAUUUUUCAAAAAUUGGUCAUAAGUCUCGUCUCAACCAGUGCACUUGUGUACCCUUUGUUCCUCUUGUACUCGAGCACCCGAAACUUUGUGGUGGGCAUACUAAGUGCAGUUGUGUCUGGUGCGUUGUUUGUGUUCUUAACAAACUACCAAUUGAGUUCCAUCCUUCCAAACAAUAAUGCUAUCAGCUGGCUCUGGCUGUACAUAAUUGACUCUGCCGAGCGCAAGUCGAUUUUGUCCACUUGGUUAGCUGUGCUUGCAGUUGUCAUACCACUGGUGUUUUUUCUUGCUCCCCACAUAAGCUUAAACUUGAGGCGAAAAGUAUGGCACUGGGUGAUUUUGGGCUUGGUGACGUACCCGGCUUAUGUUGAUCAACCACAGUUCACCCUAAUUGCCUUGCUUGGAUCGGCGGUUGUGUUUGUCAUUCUCGAAAUAAUCCGGUUUACUCGCUUCACUUUUGUGGGCCAAUGGCUUUCUAAAAGCUUGCUUGUGUUCCAAGACUUCAAAGACUUGAAAGGACCCCUCAACGUGUCGUACAUAUAUCUUAUAGCCGGGGUUUCAUUACCUAUGGUCUUCGAUUACUGUAUCGAUAAACGAGUUUCCAUCAAGUCUUUCCUCGGAGUUAUUUCGUUGGGCUUGGGCGAUUCCUCAGCAUCGAUUAUUGGCAAGCGGUUCGGUUCUGUCAAGUGGAAAGGGGGCCCAAAAUCAAUCCAGGGAACUGUAGCGUUCGUAUUGAUAACUUUUGGUGGACUUUUCUUGGUAGACCAGUAUCUCUUGAACGGGCAAGUUGCAGACUGGGAACCGGUAUUUGUGUGCUGCUUGAUAGGAGGUAUCUUGGAAGGUGUGAGCACCUUGAACGAUAACUUGGUGAUUCCGUGCGUAAUGAUGAUUGCCUUAGACGCAUUGCACACUAAAAAAUAA